AUGUCGAGUGCCCUCACGACUGGCCAAAGACUCAGGUUGCACCAGGCCACGGUAUGGUCCUCUCUCGCUUAUGCUUUGCCCUAUGUUGGUAUCACCGCAGAGGUGCUGCGCAGUGUUGUCUCCACGCUUGCAGGGCAUCUGCGGAAGAUCCUGCGGAUCUACGAGGAGGGCGUCAGCAACCAACAGGUGAUGCAGCGUGCGAGUCUUGAUCCGGGUGACAUCUUUAUGACUCAGCUUCGCAAAAAGGUGGCCUCCAUCAGCAGCGAUGCUCUGCGGUGUCCGAUACUGAAGGCUCCGGAACUCAUGCGAUCCAAGGAGCUUGAAGGUGCUCUCUCGGAGGUUCUUGCUCAGCAGCACAUCUCUUCAUCGGUGCCAGCGGGACCGUCACUGGUUCCCCUUCUUGAGUCUGCACAGCUUGCAUGUCCAGAGUGUGGUGUAUACUAUGCUACGAAGGAGGGUCUUCAGAUGCACAUUCAACAUCGCCAUCCGCACUUGAAUGCAGGCUUGUUUCUCCUUUCGGCGGGACGUACGUGUCUUCGUAUCAAAGAGUUCCUAGCGGCGGGCUUGUCUGAGAGCGCUAUGUUGCAGCGCCUGGAGGUCGAGGAGUCUGCGUCGCCGCCGGUGCCGCCUGCUGGCGCUCAGGGUGGAGCGGAACUGCACGCGCAAAUCGAGGCUGCUCUGAGCCUGUCCAAUCAGCAGUUGGUAGCUGGUGGUGCGAGGCUGCUUGUCCUGGCUAGACACUGUGCGCUUUGUCAGCAAAUCAUCAAGGAGGCGGGCAAGGUCAAGAAUCACUGGAGCUCGACGCAUGUCACUGAGUACCGCAAGGUCAAAACAGUGGUUGAGUCCGAGGCCAAGAGCCUGGUUUCGGUUUUCUCGAGGCAUCUGCGCUCUUGUGGUGCAUCGACUCCGGCUCCCUCUUGUGGUCUGUCACUCAAACAAAGCUCGAGCACUCCUCAGUACCAGCUCUUCAGCAAGGUUGAUACCCCGCUAGGUUUGCAAUUUGGCGAGGCUCCGAGGCUGGCUGGUCCUUGGCUUACCACCUUGCAGCUUCGAAAUAAUCAAAAUGUCUGCUUCAUGAACGCCACGUUCUUUGCGCUUCUUCACUCGGCUCAAGGUGCGGAUUGGCAUGGUCGUGCUCCUCGUGGCUUGUACGAGGUUGCGAUGCAGGCGGUUCACUCCGGCACCCCGCUUCUGCUUACCACGCAGCUGCUCAUUCGCUCUUUGUUGCCAGUUUGGGUCUUUGAUGGUAGGCAACAUGAUGCGGCGGAGUUCACGCUUGCUCUUUUUGGAGGUCUGGGCCUUACAUUUGGCCUCUGGGAGUCUCGCCGUCUCGAGGGAGAUCAGGUUCUUGUGGAUGAGCAAGGUUUGCAACCGCUGGUGAUUGCGCUCCGUGGGCCCGCGCCUACGCUUGAAAGCCUUAUUGACCAGUGGCACAGGCAGGCUCCUGUCCGUGCUCUUGUUGAUAUUCCGGACGUGUUGGUGCUGCAGUUGGCACGAUAUCGCGCAGGGCGCAAACUUCACAAUCGCGUCAUUAUCCCAAGGCCCUUGCGUGUGCCUGUUUUCACGGAGGGUGUCCAAGUGCAAUGGUCUCUCUUCAGGCUCACGGCGGUUGUUGAGCACAUUGGCGUGUCUCUGGACCGUGGUCACUACCGUUCGCUCCUUAGACUUGACAAUCAAUGGUGGCACACGGAUGACGCUUGCGUUGCAGUGUCGGUUGACUGGACAGUGAUGUUUGAGCGCUUGACCCUGCUUCCCUUCCAUAUGCACUUUCCUGCUUUGUUUGAGCUUCUGUUGGGCCAGAUGAAUCCCGAGAGUAUGGAGGCCUUUAAUCCCUCGCCUCCGGCGUCGGAGCUCAGCACAGCGGCUCCGGAUGAAGCUCCCGAGCGUGAGCCCAAGACAGCUCGUACGGAGGAAUCCAAAGGGCCCGAUGGGCGUGGCACUGGAAGCCAGGGCAGUGGUGAUGGAGAUGGUAAUGGAAGCAAUGGGAAGGGUGGCCGUGCGGGCGGAGUCAAGCGACAACAGGGCAAUGGCCAGCAGGGCCAUGGCAACGGCAAUGGAGGUGGGAUGGCGUGGAAUCGAGGACAAGGUGGCUCGGGCAAUGGUGCUCGGGGUUCCGAUUGGGGCAAUCGCGGUGGCUGGCGCGGUGAUGGCCGUAGCGGGCAUGGAGGUCAUGGAGGCUCGUCUGAUCGUGAACUCCGUGAUAUCUACUACGCUCUUCAGCUGAUGCAGCGGCUGAUUCUUCGCCAUGAGGACUCCAUCAACCUGCUGAAACUGGAGUGCAGCUUUGUGAUGCACAUGCGCUUGAAUGUUCCCUCAAGCGUGGUCUCCAUGCUGUACGCUGCGGCGAACUCCUGGCGGCAGAUCAAGCUUGCAGAGCCGUCCAAGCUGGACAGGCCGAUGAGGGCAGCCUUGCUCUACUGCCUCUUUAUGGAGCUGAAGACGAGGAUUGAGGCGGUCACUGACAAGCCCGAGGAUUUGGAGCGCAUGGCGAAGCUUGGAUGGGUUUCGAAGGGGCCACCAAUCACGUGGUGCUUUCUUGCCUGGGAUGCAGCCAGCAGCAAGCAGAUCGUGGACACCAGCAAGGUUCCCUUAUCCCAGGCUGAGGUCCUGGAGCACGUGCAGACGGUGAUCAGGCUCUGCCCUCGACAUCAUGCCGUGGCCAGGUUUCAUCCGACGCGUCCCAUGGCAGAGGAGAUGAAAGGUGACUCUCUGGUCUUCUUGCUCCAGACUGGACAGCACUGUGAAGGCGCUGCCGAGCUGCGUGAUUCCCUCACCUUGCUAUGCCACAGCUCUGUGAUGAAUCUGGUGGCCUUGCAGCUCAAGGUUGAUCGCUUUGCGCCCUCCAAGUUGGCAAACGAGAUUGCCAAAUGCUUGCAGCAAUAUUAG